CAAAAUAAAGUAAAAAAUAUUUUACAAUAUUUUAACGAGCAAUAUAUAUUAAAAGUAGGAACCAUAACCCGGUACUUGUUUCGACCCGGAAGCAUUUGAUGUAACAACUCCGUGAGCGACAUGUGAGAGUUCAGAUUGCAGUUUAAAUCGCGUUUAAUAAAGCGGAUGAGUGUCUAAGCAUGAAGCGUCUGUACGUCGGUGGCCUGAGCCACACAAUAUCUCAGAAAGAUCUCCGAGAUCGAUUCGGGAAGUUUGGUGAGGUGUCCGAUGUGGAGAUAAUCACACGUAAAGAUGAACACGGAUCUCCUCUGAAGACCUUCGCUUACAUCAAUCUAACAAUUUCUGAUUCCGACUACAAAAGAUGUGUCACAGUGUUGAACAAAUCCAAAUGGAAAGGUGGAACGUUACAAAUUGAACUCGCAAAGGAAAGCUUCUUACAGAGACUUGCAAAGGAGCGGCAGCAGGCAGCCGAGAAGACUCACACCCCAAAGACUGACGUGAAAGAAAAAAUUGUGGAGUCCUUCAUUGCAGCCGGUGUCGAGAAUUUCCACAUGAAAGCGGCUGUUCCAGGAACUGAAAUCCCAGGACACAAGGAUUGGGUGGUAAGCAAAUUUGGAAGAGUUCUUCCAAUCGUUCAUCUGAAAUGUCAAGGCAAAACCAAGGCCCUCAAGUACGAUCCGUCGAAACACUGCCACAAUAUCAAGAAACUCGAGAGCGAGGACUGCUUCACUCCAGUGUCUGAACUCACGUGGCAGAUAGACGGGGGCGACGACGAGAUCAGCAAGAGAAGACGAGGCGAGUUCCCACGACAGAAAAAACGCCCCAAGAAGACGAUUCAAAGUUUGGACCCAAGCACUAAUCCAUAUUCUACAACUAUUCCUGAGAGGUGGACGACAGGUCAGAACAGAGAUGCCUCGCAAUUGCUUCAGUCUCGUAAGCCUGCUGUGUGCGUAUUCAACAGCGACUGUGACUCGGAGGAUGAAAUCCGGACGCUAGUCGCACAAGAGCUUUCACAAAAUCAUGAAAUGGUAACAAUAGAAGAUGAAGGAAACCUUGAGGUUGUGAGUGAUGACUUUGUUGUAAAAUCCAACAUGUUCUGGGGCUCCGGGGAAACCGACAUGGUUGGACAAAUUGGUUUAAAAUCUACCAGGAACGAUGAGGAUUACGACUCCGCUGACACGGAUGAAAUAUUGAGGCAGAACAAAAAUUCUGACAAAACUGAGGAGACUGAAAAGAGCAAUAAGUCUCUGGUAAAAUCCAAGAAGAUUGAUGGGAAGAAACUUGCACUCUCUAACAAUCAGACUCCUACUGAUUCAGAGUCGGAUAAUGGCUCGGAAUCGUCGAGUGAAUCCGGUGAUUCCGAUUAUGAAGCCAUGAUGGGGAGCUGCCACAGGCUGGAGCUGUCACUAGCAGAUUUGGAGAAUCUUGUUAAAAAAAUGGAAGACGAUGAAAGCAGUGAUGAUGACACAAAUGCAGGAACAAGUGAACUUCCCGAACGCUCUUCUGUACAUGAACGCGAGCCUCAGAGAGCGCAAUCGAAAAAGAGCGGCAUAAACCCUGAGGAUAUUUUAGCAUCUCUGUUUGAACCAGAUGAGGACAAAGAGGAGAAAAAGGAGAAAGUCAUGUCAAAAAAGAAGUCGUGUCUUCCUGCUUUUGUUGGAACGAAGGACCUUUUUGGCAGCGCUGCCAAAAUCACUGGACUUAAGAGAGCAGCUGAAAAAGUGAACUGUGAAUUUGGUGAGGAACCUAAAAGACUCAAAUCAGGCUUGAAAACACUGGAAGAUGAAGAGUCAUCCAGUGAACAGGUGCCAGAGCUAAACAAGAAGGACACAAAUGUCUCUAUGGACUGUUCCAGUGAGGACAUGAUGAUCAAUGAAGAACCAAUUAAGCUCAAUUCCAAACCAAGUUCUUCCCUAAAAGUAAAUGACAGAACAUGUCCUGUACUUACAAAAACGACUUCUUUACGACAGAGUAAACACUCAGCCAGGAGCAGUUCAUCCGGUGAAGAAGAGGAGGAUGAAGAAACCGUCCCUUUAGAACCCAAAACUUCAAAAGAACAUGAAAGAUCUGCUUCUGAUAGCUCCGGGUGUUCUGAAGAAUCAGACACGAGCAGCGAUGAAGAGGAGGAGGAAAGUACUAAACGGGAAGCAGCAUCAGAACCUAAACAGAUUAAUAGCUCUGCUUUGGGUCCAAAACAGUUUCAGCAGACUGUAUUAGACCCAGUGAAGCAGCAGCAGGACAAUCAAAAGCGUCUCGCCGCUUUGGAACAGAGGCAGAAAGAGUCGGAGCAACAGAAGCAGCUAAUACAGGGUGCCCUCUCGAAAGUGGAUUUGCCGAACGCAAACAAAGGGAAACAUAUCGUGUUUGAUUCCGAUGAUGAAGUUAGCAAUGACCGUGAAAACACAACACAGCAAAAAGCGAGCCUUUUUGAUGAAGAAUCUGAUGAUGAUGCAUCAGGAUCUGAGGAAAAACAAGACCUCAAAGAAAAGGAAUUAAAAAGGGCAAGGGGCAGCAAACUGUUUGACAGCAGCGAGGAUGAGGAUGACGGCACUGACGAAGGUCACUUCAAGAUAAAGCCUCAGUUUGAAGGCAGAGCAGGACAGAAGCUCAUGGAGCUGCAGUCCAGAUUUGGAACUGAUCCAAGAUUUCAGAUGGAUGCGAAGUUUCUUGAAAGUGAAGAACAGGAGGAAGAUGUGGAACCUCUGCAAAUGCCAGGAGAACAAGAGCUUGUUGAAGAGAAGAAGAAAAAUCUGGCCAUCCUACAAAGUAUCCUUAAUAUCAAGAUUCAACCAAGCGAUGGAGCGACCAAAGGAAAAAUCUUCAAGGACAUUUCAGCUUUGCAUUACGAUCCAUCGAGUGAGACUCAUGCAGCGUUUGAAACCAAAACGGACACAACACAAAAAGAAAGCAAAGCUGCACGGCGUAAGAAACGUGAGGAGGCCGCCAAGCUUCCGGAAUGUUCUAAGGACAUCUACUAUGAUGUGACUACAGAUCUAAAAGAGGCAUUUGGGACAGUGAAAGAAAUCCAAACUGAAAACAAGCAAGUUUCAUGGGACCAAGAUGAUAAUGAUGAUGAUGAUAACGACGAUGAUGAUGAUGUUGAUGAUGAUGAUGAAGAUGGUCAAGCGCCACAAGGAGACAUGCCUGCAUUAUCAUCUUCAACUAAUCAGGAAUCAGAGCCAUCAAGCAGAUUUAAGUUUUCAUUCUUUGGAGAUGAUGAUGUAACAAAGGCUCAGACAACAGAUGAAUACAAAGUUGAGACUAUAAAAGGGGCCAAAGUGGCUUGGCAAGUAGACCCUCGAUUCCAGGACAGCAGUUCGGAGGAAGAAGAGGAGGAGAAGGAGGAAGAGAAAGAGGGAAAAAAAGAAGCUGCUGUGGUCACUACAUCUAAACAGCCGGUUCCAACGAAAAAGUUUUUCUUCUUCUUUGAUGAUGACAUCCGGUUAAAAGAGGGACCCGGGAUGUUCUGCAGACUUGGGAAACUGGAGGAUCAGAGAGAUGCAUGGGAGGAGAAGAGGAAAGAACUCAGUGAGGAGUACCGCAAGAAGCACAAAGACGCCAAAAGGCGAGUGAAGAUGACGACAAAAAGCUGAAGCACCACAACGCAUUGCCUUAUGUUGCAUAUUAAGAGUUUGAUUAUUUCCCUUUCAAAAUUUUAUACCUUGACAUGCAUGACACAUGUGCCUGGGAAUUGAAACCUGUGUAAAUAAAUUUGUUUAUUCUGUG